UGGGGAGGAGCAGGGGGAGCAGAGCGGCGCCAUGAUGCGGCUGGGGCGGGCAGCGCUGCGCUGGGGCCGCGGUGGGAUCCAUACAGCUGUGCCACGGCACGGCCAGGAGGUGCAGGUCGGCGGGGAGAGCGGCGGUGAGUCCGGCCCCAACCCGGCAGCACCGGAGCUCGGCACGGGUAUUGCUGAAAUCCUAAUGAACCGACCCCAUGCAAGAAAUUCUUUGGGAAAAGUAUUUGUAGAUGAACUCUUCAGUGCUCUGGAACAGCUCCGCUUUGAUGAGAAGGUUCGUGUGGUGGUGUUCAAGAGCAAAGUGAAGGGUGUGUUUUGUGCUGGUGCGGACUUAAAGGAGCGUGAAAAGAUGGACGAUGCAGAAGUUGGACACUUUGUUAAGAGGCUGAGAAAUCUCAUGGAUGAAGUUGCUGCCCUGCCCGUACCCACCAUUGCUGCAAUAGAUGGCUACGCACUGGGCGGUGGACUAGAAUUGGCGUUGGCAUGUGACCUUCGAGUUGCAGCUUCAUCAGCUAAAAUGGGUCUUAUAGAGACCACACGAGGGCUUCUUCCAGGAGCAGGUGGAACCCAGCGCCUGCCUAGAUGUGUUGGAGUAGGUCUUGCAAAGGAACUCAUUUUCACGGGGAGACAGAUAGAUGGACAAGAGGCCUUCUCAAUGGGAUUAGUAAAUCACGCUGUGCCCCAAAAUGAGGAGGGAGAUGCAGCUUACCAGAGAGCAUUAACCUUGGCUAAAGAAAUCCUUCCUCGGGCUCCAAUUGCUGUGAAAAUGGGAAAACUGGCAAUAAACAGAGGAAUAGAGGUUGAUAUUGCAUCAGGGAUGGCAAUUGAGGGGAUGUGUUACGCACAGAAUAUUCCCACAAGAGACCGUCAGGAGGGAAUGGUUGCCUUCAGGGAAAAACGACCACCUCAGUUUAUUGGCAAAUAAUGCUUCCCUUUGUUGUGCCUGCACUCCCCACACGUAACUCCUUCUCAUUGCCUUGGACUGCAUUUCUGAAUACUCACUAGAUCAUUUUUCACUAACGAUUCACCAAUAAAGAUUUAACUUUGUACAGCCGA